AUGGCGACCAAUAUUUCCCGCGCAUUCUUUCUGUCGGCGACUUCCAGUUCCUUGGCCCCUUUCCUCUACCAAACGCGCACCCUUGCACCGAUAUCCCACUCACUGCGCGGAGCGCUACCGGCGCAUUUCCAUCACCAUUAUACCUGCCAACACAAUGGCUCCAAUGAUACUGAAGCAACUGAGAGCGACCACUCGCAUGAGAGCGAUCAUUCGAGUCAGGGUCACUCAUCCGAGGAAGGUCGAUCAUCAAGCCGUCUGAACGAUUCUCCCCCUUCGUCACCCCGGAGAAGCUAUUUGCAGCAUCGCGCUGCGUCGCUUUCUCCUCUGAAAACCGAGAACAAAAGCCCACCUUUGUCAAGGCGUAUAAACAAGGUCACUGGCCAGGAGCGAAAGGCUUUCGGAGAGCUAUUGGGACAACUUGGUAUCAGCCACGAAAUCAGCAGUGCAGAUUCGAAGGCAGCGAAAUCGCACGGCUCAUCGGACGAGGGGGAUCCGAAUGAUAUAAGCGAGUUGGUUGCAAUUUUUGGUUCCAUCCUUGAGGAUGCACAGUCUAAGAAGACUUCUAAGCAACCCAAGUUUGCAUCACAUCAAAGACCCGGUGCAUGGGACAGUUCCGCGGAUAUACCUGAGGAGUUUGAUGAGGAAGAUGACUCUCCAGGCCAGGUCACAAUUCGUAUAAGCGAUCUCGGCUACACAGAGCCAGCUUCAGCCACUAGCAUCGAGCGAGAGAUCUCUAUACAAGAAGCGAUUGACAUUGUUGUCCAGAAAGAGUCUGAAAAGAUCGAGUUUGCGCUGUUCCAGGCAAUUGAGGAAGGGAAAGGUGAUAUAGGGCUGUGGGAAGUGUGCAAGGAACGCAUUUUCUCAGUACUAAAGCAUCUGGAUCAGUCGGCAUCAAUCACCAUGUCUGGCGAGGAGUUUUCCAUAAGUCAAUCCGGAGGGAAUAAGGCAGAUACCGCUACUCCUUCACCUGGGCCUCUCAGGGUCCCACCUACAGUGCCAAUUGGUCCAGUGGUUGCCACCCUUUACCCAAAGACCCUGCUUGUUGCUUUUCGUUUGCUGAAUACGCACUUUCCCAGCUCACAGCUCAUCGGCCAGUUUCGAACCACGAUCAAGGAACAAGGAAAGACCUCUGCAUUUCUCGGAUCAUCACGGGCUCUGUAUGACGAGAUGAUCUAUUUCUACUGGCGUGGCUGCAAUGAUCUUCCAGGUGUCGUUUCUUUGCUUCGCGAAAUGGAAGUGACCGGUCUCACUCCGAGUUAUAAAACCCGAAAGCUACUGCAAUCAAUUGCCACCCGGCGCCAGCGGGACCUCGAUCCGCGGCGCCAGUCCAAACUGGGCAAAGAGUCAUUCUGGGAUUUCGCACCCAAUAAAGAGGCAUUUGAGGAGCUUUCUGGUCCUGGCGGUUGGCUGGACAAACUGCAGAUCCGUUCACGAGAGUCCCGAGGUCAGCAGAAGCUUCCAUCUGCUCGACGGUAA